GCUUCUUGUUCUCGAUACGACCUGGCGUCGUCUGUGUUAUCACUCCUACUCUCUAUUAAUAUCGAACUUGUGAUCAACACACACCUCUUUUCAACAUGGUUCGCAUCUCUGUUGCCGCUGUGCUGGCUUUCGCCGUUGCCGCCCUGGCCAUCACCCCCAAUAACGCUGGCGCCAAGAACGUCGGAAACGGCAAGGCCCUGCAGUUCAUCACCGGCGGCUGCGUCAACGAUGCCGACUGCGCGUCAGCGUGCUGUGCCAACGCCAGCAAUGUCGGCGUGUGCUCCGCCGAGGCCGCCGCCUUCCAGAACGGAAAGGCCGGCUGCAACUUUGUUGACCCCAACGCCGCCGCCACCAUUGCCGCGGCCAAGGCUCAGGUCGCGAAGCAGGGCUUUUAAGAGGUGACGAAGCCGUUGUCGAGGAAAUCUGUACAUAUUCGCGGAGCGCAAGUGCCAAGGGGGUAAGGAAGAUGUGGUCUUUCAGGGUUCGAUCGCUGACUGAUGAAGAGGAAAUGCCGCCUGAAAACGGAGGUUAAAAAUCGGGCUGUUGCCCUUGCUGCCCUUCAGCUGGUAUACAACAUAUGCAUGGGUGUUUAUUUGGUAGAUACCCUACCA